GGUUGAGGAGGCUAUAGCCAUGGCAGGUCAGCGACACCCAGUAUCAGUGCAUGCUGUAGCCCUGGUACAAACGGAGCGACUCCAGACAUUCACCUUCUCUGUGUGCUGGUCAGACAACAGUGACACCUUUGUGCGCAGGAGCUGGAAUGACUUUAGGCAGCUUCAGAAGAUCCUUAAGGAGACCUUCCCUGUAGAGGCUGGCCUGCUGAGGAAAUCAGACCGAGUACUCCCCAAGCUUCCUGAUGCUCCACUGUUGGCACGUGGGGGUCGCACUGGCCGUGGCCUGGUGCGCUUGCAGCUGCUGGACACCUAUGUACAAGCACUCCUAGCAGCGUCAGAGCAUGUGUUGCAGAGCACAGCACUUACUGACUUCUUUGCAUCCAAACCUCUGGACCUGGAGCCCAGGCUGCCUCGAGGCAGCCUGGUGAUUCUGCCCACACCAGAGGAGCCUUUAUCCCAACCUGCCAGCAGCCUUGCCAUUCACAGCUUGGAGGCUCAGAGCAUGCGCUGUUUACAGCCCUUCCACACCCAAGACACAGUAAAUAGGCCAUUCCAUACACAGGCCCAAGAAAGUCUGGAUGUGCUACUACGACACCCUUCAGGCUGGUGGCUGGUGGAGAACAAGGACCAGCAGACAGCCUGGUUUCCAGCUCCCUACCUGGAAGAGGUGACCUCAGACCAGGAGUCGGGUCAGGCUUUGCAGGGCAGUGGGACCCAGUUCUGUGCUACCCAGGCCUAUGAGGGCAGCCGCAUGGAUGAGCUAUCAGUUCCUGCAGGAGCAUGUGUGCAUGUGUUGGAAACCUCAGAUCGUGGCUGGUGGCUCUGCAGGUAUCGUGGGCAGUCAGGCCUGCUACCUGCAGUGCUGCUACAGCCUGAAGGGCUGGGCUCCCUCCUGAGCAGGCCAGGAAUCCUAGAUGGUGGGAAGGACAGGGUGGCUAAAACCAGGAAUAUUCCCCCUGUAGUACCAACCCGCCCCCAUAUGAGUGUCAUCCAGAGCCGCUGCUGCAGCAUCACCCGCCAGGCACUGAGGCAGGACCCAGGGACCUACAGCUCCCCUUGAGGGUAUGUGUGUGUAGCUCUGUAGGGAGACUGCACUAUUCACCUGAACCAUCAUAGGCAGAGCUGCCAAAGGAGAAUGAGGAUGGGGUUCUCAGGCUGGCAGGUGGCAACUCCCCAU